CGUUUGCUCCGGAACACCGGAGCCGCUGUGCGGGAACGGCAGCCGUGUUGCGAUGUGAAUCGUCCCUCCGUGACUGGAUGGCUGCGCAGCGGAUCAGUUAGCUAAUGUUUCAGCGAUGUUUUCGAUGAUUUCCGCGGACAGCGGGACGGGAAACAGCUGACCGGGACCACGAUGACGCUUCAUUGCUUCAUCAUCGCCGAAUAAUCCGAGUGUUUGUGUAAAAGUGCCGUUUUUAAUGCAGCAGCGCAGCGAUCUACACUGACAGUUCAGGUGGAGUCGCCAGCAGAACGCAGACCUGAUGUUGCGGGUGGCGGUGGUCGGCGCCGGGGCUGCCGGGCUCUGCGCAGCCAGGCACGUCCUGUCCCGCCCCGGCUGCUUCGCCCCUCCGGUGGUGUUCGAGCUCUCCGACAGCGUGGGCGGCACCUGGUGUUACGAUGAACGCGCCGGUACGUACGACAGCGGGCGGCCAGUUCACAGCAGCAUGUACAGGGACCUCAGGACCAACCUGCCCAAGGAGGUGAUGAUGUUCCCAGACUUCCCCUUUGACCCCCAGCUUAGCAGCUUCCUUCCCCAUCAGGAGGUCCAGCGGUACCUGGAGAGGUACUGCCAGAGCCACGGCAUCCGGCCUCACAUCCGGUUCAACACCACCGUGGAAAGUGUGAAGCCCAUCGUCGUGACAGCAGAGGGGGAGGAGGAGAGGACGGCAUGGGAAGUGACCUCGUCCGAUUUGUCGGGUCGUCAGAAAACGGAGACGUUCGACUCGGUCUUCGUCUGCUCGGGGCACUACUCAGACCCUCACAUCCCACACAUACCAGGCAUCGAGAAGUUUACAGGGACGGUGCUCCACAGUCACUCGUAUCGAUUCGCUGAGCCGUUCUCAGGUCAGUCGGUGGUCGUUCUGGGAGCCAAAGCAUCGGGUUUGGACAUUUCCAUCGAGCUGGCCAAAGUGGGCGCCCAGGUGACUCUGAGUCACCGUCGUCCUCGGCUCACCUUCCCUCUGCCUUCUGGGAUUCGACAGGCCACCUCAGUGGAGGCGGUUGAUGACAAAGGCAGAAUUCGCUUCCAGGACGGCUCGGUGACCGAGGCUGAUGUCCUGAUGUUCUGCACGGGGUACAACUUCAGAUUUCCCUUCUUAGACGCAGCCCAGCUGGGUCUGGAGAUUCAGGACCACAUGAUAUCACCGCUGUACCGUUUCAUGGUGCCCCCCGCCUUCCCCUCCCUGUUUUUCAUCGGCAUCUGCAAGAUCAUCUGCCCCUUCCCCAACUUCAACUGCCAGGUCCAGUUCGCCCUGGCCGUGUUGGCUGGGUCAGUCACUUUACCCACUCGGGCUCAGAUGGAGGAUGAAGUUCGGCGAGAGCUGCAGGUGAAGCUGGAGCGUGGAGUCCAACAUCGCCACCUGCUUAUAUUGGACCAGGAUCAGUGGGAGUACUGCAAUAUGCUGUCUCGCUCCGCUGGCUUUUCUCCGUUACCUCCGGUCAUACGGAGCCUGUUCGAGGAGGUGCACCAACAGCGACAGAUUCACCCUGGAAACUACCGGAAACUCAACUACAGGCUGAUCAGUGAUACACAGUGGGAGCUGAUAGAUUAACUGGUGCAUAAACAUUAAUGAAGGGCAGAUGUGUAAAAUCACAAACACUGAAGAAGCUGAACAUGUUAUAGCAGCCCCACCUCAGGCUGCACCUGAGAGGUCUGAGAGGCUCAGGGUAUGAAGCCUGCUCCCUCGGUCCCUCGUUACAUUCACUACAUUUUCUUAGAUGUACUACUGGCACGCUUCACGUCCACACCCAACUAUAUUUUAGGUUUAACAAACUGGUUAGCCAAUGAAAUCCUGUUAUAUAUUUUAACUUCGGUUGAAAUAAUAACGGCUAAUAACACAUCACACAAAAAUACAAAGAAAGUUCGCUUAAUUAAAGUAGCAAAAAUGACCAACCACAUAAUUUAUGGGACUCAAUCCCAGACAAGCCCCCAAUUUAGCUCAGGACACUAAAGGCCUUUGCACACUGAGCAUGUUCCAAAAGAAACAGAAUGAAAUUCUGAAGUUUUUUCAAUGUAGACUUGUUGUGUAAUGUAUAUACACACCAAACAUGUUGCAUUUAUAUGAAUAUUUUGUUCUUAAAAAAAGCACUGUCAAAAAAAAAAAGUCAACAUCAAGCGAUGAUGAGCUGGUCCUGAUGUUUCUAAACAAAAAAGGAAGAAACAGAGAUUUCAGGUUCAUCCAAUUCUCCCGAGAAAGCAGCAGCAGGGAGAAUUUCAUGGUUUGAUCCAGGAGUUGAAGCUGGAUCACGGCCACAUCUGAGGGGGCGGAGAAAUAAUUUUAGAGAGCCUAUUGAAAUAGCUUUAUUAAAAAAACAGUAAAUAGUACAAUACAGUAAAACAGUAUAAUUUUACUGUUCCCACAUCCCUGUAUAUUCAGUGUAUUGGUGUGUGUUUUGAGUUAUGAGCUCACAUGUUCCCAAAUGCAGCGCUGUGAUUGGUCAGAUCUGUUUAUUUGCUUGCAAAAGUAAGAAAAAAAUUAACUUGAUCCAUAAAAAUAAUUCCAAAUUCACCCCGUGAAAUAACAUGGUUGGUUUGAACGGCUGUAUUAAGAACAGCUGAAACAUUUUCACUAAUUGUAUGGGUCUGGUGUGUAAAGGCCUUCACAUGAGUGAUCUCACAAACCAACUAAACUCUGAAUGUUUCAAUUUGUGCAAUAAAUGUUGCCCCCUGACUUCAUUUUAACACAGAGACUAAAAAGCAGGAGAAGAGUGUGUGAAGCUGCAGGACUUUUUAGUUCUGAAAAUACAGUUCAGUCAAUGAGCGUUUGGACAGUGACACAUUUUGGGUAGUUUUGCCUCUGUACACCACCACAGUGGAUCUUAAAUCACAGAGCGAAGAUGUGACUGAAGUGCAGACUUUCAGUUUUAAUUGAAGGGGUUUAACAAAGGUAGCAUGGCAGGACUGCAGGCUCUGUACCCUCAGACACUCCCACAUCUCAGGAGCAGUCGAGUCAGUUCAGCUUAUUUUCAGUUACUCAGUCUGCAGCCACUGAAGCUCUCGGUCUCUUCAGCUCUAAUCUCACAACAUUUUACAGUUGCUCUUCUAUAGUUUGCCCACAGGUGGGCAGCAUACAGAGAAAUGCUCUCUAAAUGACAUCAUGACUACAUGCACUUAAUAGGCUGAGAUUUUGUGAUAACACAGGUCUUUUGAAAUGAAUGAAGAUCCUCUGCUUUCAUCCAGAGUAAAAUAUCUGCACGGCCGCUGGAUGAACGCUGUCUUUUUAAUUGAUCACUGAAGGUCUGAAAGCUCUGGAUCAGAGCUGAUCACCGCGUGAAGAAACUUUUCAUAUCAUGCAGGAACUCUCAAAGUCUAAUCAGACAGGUUGUGAUCAUGGUGCGAGCUCUGCAGAAAACUCGCCCUUUAGAUUUUAAUCACUGAGCUGUGAUUAGCAGAGCUGAUAAAUGUUGUCCAGUCAAAUCUACGUUAAUCAUUACAAUAAAAAGUUUUUAAUUCAAGUCACUUUCUG